CACGUGCUACGUUUUGCCUCUGAACGCUAGCUCGCGCGUUACCGUUAGUCGGCCUGUUAACUUAAUCGUUGGAAAAUCUAACAUACAACCCAAUUAUUAGUGCUAUGAUAUGAUUAAUAUCCCAACCUAGUCUCUUUCCUCGGGAUAGCCAUCGCAUUGCCACGCUUUAGAAAGUAAAUGAGACAUAGCAGAAGGGUAGAAAUAACUCAUUUUAUUGACGAGACAAGAGGGGAGGUGAGAAAUUUAGCAUUUUAACAGAAAAGUAGGACCUACCGCAUAUUUUUAGCUGUGAAUAAGUAUAAAAAUGACUGCUAUAAAACUAAUAAGUCUUUGUUUGACCACUUUAAUGUGUAACGGCUAGCUAGCAUGCAGCCGUUUGAGUAUCCACGGGUCGAGCAGACCCCAACACCUUGCGCAUGGGUACUGCGCAAGGUGGUAGAUAGGCUAUCCUGCGGCAUAAUUAGAGCAACCAGUGUUGAUUAACGGGUGUUUCCUCUCUGCUUCGUCCAGACGCCGCUCUGCUAUUUGGCUUAGGGUAAAUAAACUCCCGGUUACAGGGGGUAAAAAUACUCUUCUGCUCUUACAUCAGUGCGCUCCGUGAUAUUUUUGGGAGCGUCCCCCAUUCGCGUUGGAGCGGUUACUGGGUGGCUGUCGUUGCCAGAUCUGGAGUGUCGCCUCCAACGACUCAGUACAGAGAGGAGAGGAGACACAGAGGGAGUUUGAUAAACAUGCAAAAGAGAAAAUAACAGUGCACUGAAGAGGUCCUUGAAAGAUAAACAACAGACAACUGAGGACCAAGCAUGACGGCUUGACCUUGUCUCAGUGAGGAUAUGGAGGGGACCAAAGCGUCCAGUCGAGACGCCUUUAAAGCGGUGGCUGCUUUGUGGCCAACGGUGGAUCUAGCCGGGUUUGGAUAACUGGCUUUUAUUUGUGCUAACGGUCACUAUCCGAAAAAAUCAUGGAAAACUUUUCCGAGUUGUAUCUAAGCCUUAACAGAGCAAUAAUCGAGACUUUCAAAGUGGCUCGGUUUACCUUCUACGACUUUUAAUUGAUCUUACGUUUUUUAUUUGUUGUAUUUUGAUGCACUGGAGGAAUGUGGAGUGCGUUUAUGAACGGCUCGGGGCUGCACGGCGGGGGCGGUGCUGGUGGGGGCUACGUCCCGUCUCAGGGAUGGGAGUUCGUUCCGUGCUCCAGGAUGGAUAAGACAGAAAGAGGCAGGGGCAAAAGCCGCAGCCCCCUCAGGAGAAUCUCCUCUCCUCCCACAGUCUUCAGUCAGAUCUACGAGCAACAAUUUUCCGCUGCUUCACCGGGAGUUGGAAGAGAAGGUGGAGCGGGGACAAAGCUUGAGGUCCUCAGGGGACAAAUGUGGCCAGGUUCUGAACCCCAGCAACAGCAACACACGCGGCUUAAAAAGAAAUUUGAGGAUUUGAAAAAGCGGCACGUGCAGGAUAAGGAGGAAUGGAUGCGCGAGAAGGAGUCAUUGCUGAGAGAAGUAGCUGACAUACAAGGAGGGGAGAACAGGAGGCUUCUGUUGGACCUGAAGACAGUUUUGGAUGAAUUGCAGGCGGAGGUGAAAAGAGAGGAGGAGAAGAGGAGCGAUCUGCAGCUGCAGUACACCAGAGACAGAUGUGCUUGGGAGCUGGAGAAGGCUGAGCUCAAAUGCAGGAUUGCACAGUUGGAGGCUAGAGAGUGUGCUGGUUCGGUCAGUGGAGGGUUCCAGUCAGCAGCAGGCCCUGGCUCUGGAGCAUCCCGGAGCACUAGAGAACAGUCCGGUGAGACGUCGACGCUCCGCAGGGAGAGAGAAGAGCAGCGGAGGCUCCUGGCAGACACGCAUUCAACAGCCAUGGACUUGCGUUGCCGUCUGGAGCACAAUGAGAGGGACUGGUCAAGAGAGAAAGCAGAGCUGCUGGAGAGGUUCGAUGUGGAGAGGAGGGAGUGGGAGAGCCAGCUGAAGGACAUGCAGAGGAAAAUAGAGGAGCUAUACUGUGAAGUGAGAGCAAAGAGAGAAGGGACCGGACUGAUCAGCGGGAGGCAGGACAGCCAUGAUGCGGCUCAUCGACUCAGCAUACGAUCAACCAGCACGGGCUCCAGUCUGCUCAGUGAAAACUCCCAUUCAGAGCCACUCAGCAGCAGCAGUCAGUCAGAAAUAAUCAGACAUUCACCUUCACCUACUUUGGGUCGCAGCAGAAACCUGAGCAGCAGUGGAUGUACUGGCACAGAGAGCAACAUCCCUACCUGCUUCCAGGCUGAUUGCCCCAGUGAGUUCAACAUUGGUGGUCAGUUCGCUCAGAGUGACAAUUCACAUCCUGAAGUACCUGAUGAGGUGAGAUCCAGGGGCACUUGGCAGCAAGAAUCAGUCACUGGUGGAAGAGAAGCUGUGGAUACAACAGAGCUGGAGGAAAUUUUCUAUCAAUCUCCUGGAUGUGGAGUCUCAAAGAAAAACAUCUCCAAAGAAGCUGAAGAUAAAGUACACGUGAGUCUUCAAGACAGUCCUCUGUGGGCAGAGAUGAGUUAUGGCAGUGAAAAGAAGAAGAACACCACGGCUCUCAAUGCUGCUCUGAAGGAGAUUGCCCGUGUGAGCGAGGAGCUUUGUAGCUAUCAGGAUGAGAUCAGAAAGAAAAGUGGGGAUAAAAGGAAUUCAUCUGAUUCCCUGUCUCUACCUGAGAGAGAGGAGCUGGGGGUGGACGACGCUCCCUGUGACCUCAGCCAGAUUUAUGACGAUCUUCGAGCACUGGAGAGGGAAAACUGGAUCACUUUGACACCAGAUAACACCUGGCUGGUAAACAGAGGGCUGAGCAAAUCCUGGAGAGAGGCCAUCCCUGAUCCAGACAGCUACAAGGAAACACAGACAAGCCUCGGAGAACUCUCUGAUAUCGACAGUGCAGCUCCGCCCAUCCCUCCCCGUGUAUCCUCAAGGAAUUUGAGUACUCCCAUCCACCCUGACACAGAACUACACAUCCCAGACUCCCCUGUCACAACAGUGAGAAGAUGUCACAGCCCCUGUGGUCUGAUGGACAGAAAGUGUAGCAGCCCAUCUAUUGUGAGGAAGUUUGAGGCCAUGCUGCAGGAAAAUGAAGGAAAAGUUCUGAUGGAUGGUGUGGUGACUACCUGUGCUGUACCUGCUAACUCUAAAUGUAACACAGGCUGCUGCCACAACCGCUGGUCCUGUGAUGCAAGCAAGUUUACUGGCAGUAAAUUGUCUGCGUAUGGGACAGUGCAGAAAAGCUUCUCUGAAGUCAGCAUAUUGACUGCAGGAAAACAUUCGGAUUACAGUCCUGGUGUCGGGGGCUUAAAAGAGCUACAAAAGGAGGUGCAAACCCCUCUGAUUGUUAAAGAUGUACCUGUAGAUCUGCUCUUAUCCACUCUUGAAAGCCCCACUGCCAGCCUUAACCAUCAUGGCUCCAAAAGAAACAUAAUGCUGGAACAAAAAACUGCUGAAUUUAAUAGAACUUUGUUUCAGGCAGAGAUGGGUCGUACCGCAGAGGAACCGGAUUGCUUUACAGUAACAGAUGUCUGCUCUGUGGGAUACACACCGGUCUUUUCAGCAACUAGUGCAUCACAUGAUGUUUUACCUCCCAGGGAUACAACAGUUCAGCAGCAGUGUAAUGAUGUAACCACAAACGUCACUGGUGUAUUUCCUGAAGCUACAUUGUCUCUCUCUGAUUCAGACUCCAAGAUCCACAACCCAGAAGUUCAACUCAGGCAAAGGAGGUGUAGUCUUGGGGGUCUAGAGGUUAAAAUGAAGCAAGACAUCCCCUCUGACUCCUCAUCUCAACAGCUACACAUAGGGCACAGGGAGGCAGUCACAAUAACCCCCGAGAGUCCUCCUCCUCACUCUGAAGUCAAGCACAAAGUCCGAACAGCAAGCAGUCCAUCCAGGAGAACGCAACAUAAAGCAGCCACAGAGGCUCUUUUUUCAGAGCCGGUCUUGCCUGUGAACACCCAGCCAGGCCAGGAUGUGGACACUCCUGGUGGAGCGAAGCCUCAGCCAGCCCGAGUUGCUGUCUCGCUCCAGCAGCCGUCUGCUGAGAACAAACAAAGACAGAUGACAGAGCCAAAGAAUGUGUCCACACCUGCCCACCAGUCUGACUCCUCCAGACCCGGGCCUCGAAUGAUGAAUGACCAUCCCUGGAAGCCCCUCACUCUGGCUGCGUACCCACGGCCUGAGGGAUCCAGGUCUAACUAUGGAGCGGUGGAACGGAUUCUGAAGAAUUAUGAGAGUGCUGCCCGGGAAAAACAGAGCCAGAGCCAGCAGGACGGCAAGUGUCCAAGUCCUAACAUCAGUACUAGGAAGGAAGAGAAAGUCACAGAAGUGGACAUGCUGGACAUGGACCCUCUGCCCCUACCACCAACACUGAGACAUAAACAUACUUCCCACAGCACACAUACACAGCUCAGCAGCCACACUUCCAAGAGUGUGCAAGCGAUACAUCUAUCAGUGCAGGAAGAUGAUGCCUCCUCUUCCUCUGUCCAGAAGAACUUCUCAAGACCGGCACGUCCAGCCAACAGACGCCUCCCUUCACGAUGGGCCAGCCGCUCCCCGACCUCCUCCUCCACCUCUCCCUCUCCCUCCUCCACUCCAGUUGUGCAUCCAUCCUUCCCCCUCCACAAACACACCUCCUCAUUUACCUACUCACAUGCCUUUCACAUAGAGACUGUCAUCAUCUGACCUUAAGACUGAACUGACAAGAAGCCACUUCUUAUGGUUACUGAUGUACAUAUCAAACUCAGACUGCUCCUUCACUCCUCUUUCAGACUCAGAAGUGCUUUAGAUUGCAUCUGCAGAAUGUACGUGGCAUCUGGACGAGCCAAACUGGCUGAAGAAGGCAAGAAAAGGAUCUGAAGCAGCCUCAUCUGUGCUCUGAUUACCCUGCCAGGCUCCAUACAGCCUCUUUCUCCAAAAAACCAUCACAUCCAAUGCUUCAUUUAUUCAUGCAAACCAUUUGAAUGGAAAUCCUAUGCUCAGGUCUGGAUUCUAGCCUCGACUAGUGUAGCCUUGCAGAUCUAUCAACAACUUAUUCUCCACCACAGUACUCCCUCUGAUCUCUGUAAUAGCUCUCAUCCAAACAGUCUAAGAACUUCCAGCCAAAUCCAAAAUGAUGUAUUUAAUAUGUACUGUAUUUUGUAUUCUGUGUACAUUUUUCACUAAACAUGAUGUUACAUCCACCAAUAUGCAGCAGCUUUGAGAUAGCAUUGAUCUCAACAGUGUUGGUAUUCUGCCUUCUUGAAUAUUACCUUCAGUACAUGCCUGGACUGUACCUUACCUGUGACUGACACAUUAUGCUUACAUCUUCCAUAAUUACAUUAUUGCAAAAAUGUGAAUGUGAGUUCCUUUUUUUAUAACUUUGUACCAAAGGCUGGUUUCUUUAAAUGCAUUCUCCUCAUUUGAAGAUUAAAUGCAUUUUCUGUAAUGGCAUUAUUAUUGCUGUUCACCCUUUGCUGAUGUUUUCAAAAUAUGUUAAACAUCAUUCAUGAGACUUUGAUUUUAGCAUUAAAUGACUAAUGUUGCUUAUAUGACAGAAAUGAAAAAAAAGCCUUUUCUACCUUUACUAAUUCUGAAUAGUCACAUAUCAGGACAUUACUCAGCUGAGUAUUUCAGUUUUUGGGUCAAAGUGUUGAAUCAUAUCAUGAUGAAGGUGAUGCCUUUGCUGUUCUUUUUGUGUAAUAAACUUAAGGACUCGACUAUUUUUUCUCCUUUUUCACCACUUAGCAAAGCUCUCAUAUGCAUGGCUUAUCCUGCUGUGUGG